AUGUCGAGUUUGACCGCAGCAGUGGCCAAUCCACUGUUCAACAGCGAUAGUCAAGCCAUCAUAGUCGAGCGCGGCGAGGAAGAAUGGUGGCGGGAGAGGCCUGAACUGCGAGCUCGUUUCGAGCGCCGCAAUGGCUCUCCCAACUGCGGAUCAUAUGACAACGAGCGAGGCGACUGGGACGUGCGUUUCAACCCAGGAGUGGAGUCCGGCACCGAAGACUACAAACGCCGCUUCGACGGUUCCGACAAACGCUGA